UGUUGCUUAAAACUGACUAUGCUUCAUUUGGCCAGGAAUAAACUAAAGGGCAACAUUCCGGUGGAGUUUGCUUCACUGAAUAAGCUUGAGGAGAUGCAUGUUUUCUUCAACAAUUUGUCUGGAGAGAUCCCAUCUUGUUUUGGCAACUUGUCUUCAAUUCGAGCGAUCAGCCUAUUAGCAAAUAAUUUCCAUGGAACCAUGCCUGAUUUUCUUGGAAACUUAGGAAAUUUAGAGGUCCUUGAACUUGCCCAAAAUAAUCUCUCUGGAGUCAUCCCUGCAUCAAUUUUCAACUUGUCAUCAUUGCGCAAUCUUGAGUUAUCAAUCAAUCAACUUCAAGGGCGCCUUCCGUCAAGCAUGGGCUUCACACUUCCAAGACUAGAGGUUUUUAAUUUGGGGGCAAAUCAAUUAACUGGAAAGCUUCCUGCAUCAGUAUUAAACCUGACAAAUCUUCAACUUUUUGCUGUCGACACCAACUGGUUCAGCGGAGAGGUACCUAGCUUUGGAAGUUCCAAAUAUUUGUACUGGCUAGGACUUGAGGAAAAUUAUCUUGGAAAUGGCAAGUUAGAUGACUUGCUUUUCAUGUCUUCCUUGCAAAAUUGUUCUGCCCUGCAACUUCUCCAGCUCGAUGACAAUCGAUUUGGAGGAGUUAUUCCGCGAUACUUUGGCAAUAUGUCCAGCCUUCAGUACUUAACCAUGUCAAGAAAUCUUAUCCAUGGAACCAUUCCUGUAGAGAUUUCGCAACUUCACAGCUUGCAGGAACUCUCUUUGUGGAAAAAUCAUCUCACUGGGGAAAUUCCUGAUUCUAUUGGAAAACUUGAGGUACUAAUUGAGUUGUACCUCAAUGAGAACCAAUUGUCAGGGAAAAUUCCAUCUUGUUUAGGAAAUUUGACAAUGCUGACUAAACUCAACCUUGGAGCAAAUAAUUUACAUGGUUCUAUUCCAUCUAGUCUUGGAAAGAUCAAGUCUCUGUUACUCCUGAAUCUCAGCAGGAAUCAUCUUAGUGGCGACAUACCAAAAGAAAUUUGGCAGCUCCCUGAGGCACUUUUCCAACUAGACCUCUCAAGCAACCACAUCACGGGUUCUCUAAACAACAUUAUUCGCUUGAAAAACUUGGUCUAUUUGCGCCUUUCCAACAAUAAUUUAUCAGGUGAAAUACCAAGCAGCUUCAAAACAUUGACAAGCUUAAAAGAGCUCUACGUCAAUCAUAACGAUCUCCAAGGAGCUAUCUCUCCAUUUUUAAGUUCUUUGACAAGUCUUGAAUUCGUAGAUCUUUCACACAAUAAAUUUGUGAGUAAGAUACCCGAAUUUUGUUAGUCUCAGAUCCCUGAAAUUCUUGAAUUUGUCCUAUAAUGAUUUGGAGGGCGAGUUACCAUCGGAUGGAGUUUUCAAAAAUAAAAGUGCAGUCUCAAUUACCGGGAAUAGUAAGCUUUGCGGAGGUAUUCCGGAGUUACAAUUACGAAAAUGCUCUGAAAAUGAUCCUAAUUAUGGCAAACCAUCUCGAAAAAUGAUUUUAAUCAUAUUACUAAUUGUUGGAGGUGUCGUGGGUGUCAUAGUGGUGGCACUCCUUUUGCGGCGUAGUAAAAAGAGAUCGGAUCAUCAGAGUUCGACAACUAUGGACACAAUAAUCCCUAGAGUGACUUACCAACGACUUCACAGAGCAACGAAUGGCUUCUCCGCGGAGAAUUUGAUUGGUUCAGGAAACUUUAGCUCUGUAUACAAAGGCAUUUUGGAUGAAUCAGUUGUUGGGAUUAUGCAGAUUGCUGUAAAGGUACUGAAACUUCAAGUGAAAGGAGCUAGCAAGUCCUUUGUUGCUGAGUGUGAAGCAUUGAGGCAUAUUAGGCAUCGAAACUUGGUAAAGCUUUUAACUUGUUGUUCAAGUAUUGACCACCAAGGUCAUGAUUUUAAGGCCGUAAUUUACGAGUUCAUGACCAACGGUAAUUUGCACAAUUGGUUGCACCAAAGUUGUCGGAGUACUAUUGGUCAUGAGGAGAAUAAUAUGCAGCCUAGAAGAAGUUUAAACAUUAGACAAAGGCUGGAUAUUGCAAUUGAUGUAGCUAGUGCAUUGGAUUAUCUUCACAAUCAAUCUGGAAUGCCAUUGAUACAUUGCGAUCUCAAACCAAGUAAUGUGCUUUUGGAUGAAGAAUUUGUUGCUCAUUUAGGUGAUUUUGGAUUGGAAAGGUUUAUGCAAGCUGAUGCCACACAUGUACUCACCUCAAUCCAGAGCAGCUCAAGUACAGUAAAAGGGACGCUUGGAUAUAUACCGCCGGAAUAUGCGACAGGGAGUAAGUCGUCGACCUAUGGUGACGUGUACAGCUAUGGAAUUCUAUUGUUGGAAACAUUCAUGGGAAAGAGCCCCACAGAUGAAAUAUUCAAGGAUGGUCUGAACCUUCAUGAUUUUGUGAAGAUGGCAGUACCUGAACAAGUAAUGAAUGUUUGUGAUCCUACACUACUUCUCUGCCUUGAAUAUAAGGAUGGUGUGCCCAUUAAUUGCAGUGAAAAAGUAAUUGAGGAGUGCCUGUGUUCAGUGUUACGAAUUGGGAUUGCUUGCUCAAUGGAGUUGGCAGAAGAACGCAAGGACAUUGCCAAUGUCCUUAAGGAACUGCACUUAAUCAGAAAUGCUCUUUUUUCUAAUCAGAGGCGAUCCGAGAUUUGAAGUUUUAUGGGUUGUUCUAGUAACCUCAAAUUAAUAUACAAUAAUAACUAGAUUAAUUCAUUGAUACAUAUUUAUGUAAUUUUAUGAAUUUCUUAAUAGAAAUACAGGAUUUAUGCAAAA